GACGCCUCAAUCUUUCCCGGCGGCCCGCGGGGCUCCAGCCGCCGCCGCCGGAGGAGGCGCGCACGUGGGCGGCCGCGAUGCCCAAGUCCAAGCGGGACAAGCGGGUCUCCUUGACAAGAACUACCAAGAAAGGUUUGGAAGUGAAGCAAAACUUGAUAGAAGAGCUGCGAAAAUGCGUGGACACCUACAAGCGUCUCUUCAUUUUUUCCAUCGCCAACACGAGAAACAACAAACUGAAGGAUAUCCGUAAUGCUUGGAAGCACAGCAGGAUAUUCUUUGGGAAGAACAAAGUGAUGAUUGUGGCGCUGGGCCAGAGCCCAUCCGAUGAGUACAGAGAGAAUUUGCAUGAGGUCAGCAAGCAUCUGCGGGGAGAAGUUGGCCUCCUUUUCACUAAUCGUUCCAAGGAUGAAGUUAUAAACUGGUUUUCUCAGUUCAGAGAGACUGACUUUGCCCGGGCUGGAAACAAGGCGACCUUCACCGUCAGCUUGGAUAUGGGGCCCCUGGAACAAUUUUCCCAUUCUAUGGAGCCUCAGCUGAGGCAGCUUGGACUGCCAACUGCCCUGAAAAAAGGCGUGGUAACGCUAAUCUCAGAUUACGAGGUUUGCAAAGAGGGGGACAUCCUGACUCCAGAACAAGCUCGCAUCCUGAAACUCUUUGGCUACGCAAUGGCAGAGUUUAAGGUGACCAUCAGGAGUGUGUGGAAUGCCGAGACGGGAGAAUUUGAACAGCUGGAGGCCGCCACUGAGGAUGCUUUGGGGGCAAUGGAGGAGGAAGACGAAUCUAAUGAAGAAAACUAGGGCAGAAAAAAGCCAACAGACUUGUUUUUUAAGAGAGUGAUACCUCCUGAUCUCUUUCUCGUUAAUGGAGAACUGAGCUAAUAACUUAAGGAUGUUAUCACAGUGUGGCUUUUUUUUUAAACGUGUACAUAUAUAUAUAUAUUAUACACGAAUAUGUGCAUAAAACGUAUAAAAGAG